GCAACCCAUCCAUUUCCAAGGCCCCCUAUCGGAUCGACCACAGGAGCCACCUAGCUAGCCCUGUGUGAGGACGGAACGGCGGCGAUGCAGGCGGCGGCCAUGCGCGGCGCCCCGCAGUGGCUGCGCGGCCUGCUAUCGGAGGAGUUCUUCGACGCGUGCGCCGCGCACCCGGGAGAGCGCAAGAAUGACAAGAACCACUUCUGCAUCGACUGCGCCGCUGCGUUGUGCCGCCAUUGCCUCCCUCACGAACACGCACACGACGUCCUCCAGAUAUGGAAGUACGCGUCCUGCUUUGUCGUGCGCGUUGACGAUCUGAAGGUCUUCGAUUGCACCGGCAUCCAGUCGCACACGGUGAGCGACCACGAGGUGGUGUUCCUGAACGAGCGCACGGCGAGGAAGCGAUCCGCGAGCGCGGAGAACCCCUGCGCCGCGUGCGCACGGCCGCUCCUCUCCGGCCACGACUACUGUUCACUCUUCUGCAAGGUGAAGCAUCUGGGGGAGAGCGAGCACGGGCUAAGGCGCGCACUACGCGUGAGCCGGCAAGAGGUGGCUCCCACGUCGGAGCCGCAGAGCGGGAAGAGGAGGCCGUUGUCGUCGUCGUCGUCGGACUCGGGGCCGAGCUGUAGCGGAUCGUUCCGGAAGCGGAGUCGAAAGCAGUCUGAGCCUACGCAGGCGCCAUUCUAUUAACACCUGGGGGGGUUCUGUGGCUAGGUUGAUGCAUGCAUGCAUGCAUGCUUGCCCUUGCGGUUGCCUGGCUAGACAAAAUCGAAUGCAUUUACAGGCAGCAUAUUUCUCCCAGGCAAAUGAUUCAGGGUUACAACCAUGCAUGCCCUGUUUUACCUGAGCCGAGAAUAACACUACAUAAGGAUGCGAGAAUUGAAUAGGUAGGAGAUAUGUCAAACAGGUUGUAAAUUUGUUAGGAGGACGACAGUUAGUUACUUUUUUCGGACUCAAGUAGUACACGCAGAACUAGUACCAGGAGCUGGCUCUAUUAUUGAUUCAUUACCAUAUUUGAUUA